AUCUGUGAUCCCCUUUAUUACAUUGCCCGAAUGAGCAGGAAACACUGUGCUGGGCUUAUAACUGCAGCAUUCACUGUUGGGUUUGCUGACCCCUACAGCAUAAUUGUCCUUAUAUCUAAACUAUCAUAUUGUGCUUCCCAUCUUAUUAACCAUUUUUUCUGUGAUAUCACACCAUUGCUAAAACUUUCCUGCAGCAGCACUUUUAGUGUGGAACUUUUCAUUUACAUUGAAGGGACAUUGCUGACUGUCAAUUCCUUCCUCCUUACUCUGACCUCAUACAUAUUUAUCAUCUCUGCUAUCCUGAAAAUACAAUCCUCAGAGGGGAGACAAAAAGCCUUUUCUACCUGUGCUUCUCACCUGGCCUGUGUGAUAACCCUUUAUAUGACAGUUAUUUGCCUGUAUAUGAGACCCACCACAAGUUAUUCCCUAAAAAUAGAUAAAUAUUUUUCACUGCUGUACAUUGCCCUGGGCCCU